GGGGCGGAGAAUAAAUGGGAGACGUCCUGGAAGAGGGGUAGUGAGAGAGGCCCCAGAGAAGGCCGCCCCAAAAGAAGCGGAGGUAGGCGUCUGCCCGGCUGCUCUUCUCCCACCAAGCUCAGAGGGACAGGCGUCUCUGUUCUUCGGAGGUCUCUCUCUAUCCUCACCUAUCUGUUCUGUAGGAGGGCGUGAAAUCUUCCGAUUCUUGCAGGUCAACCACUGAACCGUCAUCUCCCGUCGUACACCAGGAGGAUCAUACUUGAGGGGUCAUACAUGGCAGCCUUAAGAGCCUUUUGGAACAGUCCUGUGGGACCCAAGACCACUCAUUUUUGGGGCCCUGUGGCCAACUGGGGUUUUGUUUUAGCGGGAUUGGUGGAUAUGCAAAAACCCCCAGAGAUGAUCUCUGGAAACAUGACUGCAGCAAUGUGUGUUUAUUCUGGUCUGUUUAUGAGGUUUGCCUGGAUGGUGCAACCCCGCAAUUAUCUUCUUCUUGCAUGCCACGCCUCUAAUGAAACAGUCCAGCUGUACCAGCUUUCUCGUUGGGCAAGGGCUCAAGGAUAUCUCGAGAAGAAGGAAGAAGCUGACAAGAAAUAGCUCUUGAGAAAGGUAGUUGCAGUUGGUGACUUGUUCAGCGGAUUCAAUCAAUAUUUAGAUUUUGAUGUGCCUCUUGCACAGGGAACUUCAGCUAAGAACACUUGGCCAUUUAGAACAUGUCUUGAUUUAUGCUCUUAUGGUCAAAGUAUGGAAGUUUGUGGCUUUAAGGUUUCAUCGAAGAAAAGUCGCUUUGUUUCAAUAAAAGGCAUCGUUUUGAAGAACCAUUUUCAGUAUCGAUUGUGGCUUAUGUUCAGAACGUGUGUUAUUGUUUUCUAACUGCCAACUGUUUAAGUUUGGAAAUAAAAAUGUAACAUUAAUAGCA